GAGGCGACGGGGCGAAAUAUUUGUUUAGCCCAGCAAUCACAAAUAAGGGGGAUUUAUGAAAGCAAACCGAAAGAAUUCAUUGUACCAUGUAUGAGAUUGGUAGAAAAAGUAAAAGGCUUUCUCCAUUCUCUAAAGCUCAGUGUUAACCCACGUUGACCUGCCGCCUUUUCUUUUUCUAGCGUCGCUACUCUGUUAGUUUCAUUAGCCCCAUUAGCCAUUUGUAUUUUUGCUGAACAGCCCUCGGAGGGUGUUAAACUGACUGCGGGAGUCUACGAAAGCUCUUCCUGGUGUGUGUGUGUGUGUAUGUAAGUGAGGAGAAGCCACCGUGAGCAUCGCGCUCUUGUCGAGUAGUCGAAACUCCUUCUCUCUCUCUCUCCCCUCUUUUUUUUUUAAAGAUUUUCGUGAUCGUUGAGCAGCUGUUGGCUCAUUUGCGUAGAAGCAUUUCUUUUUUCAUUCAUAUGUAUUUUGUUGUUGUAGAGUCAUAGUGCUGUUUCAUUGCGUGUUGCUCUGCUCAGGAGACGUCCAUCUCCGCCCUCGUCUUUGUGCUUUUACCUCAAUUGUAUAUAUCGGCCGUGUUAUUCAUUUGCCUCCCCCCCUCCCCCUCUAGGCGAUUGGCGCUGCUUGAAACAGAGCAGGCGUAUUGUCUCCAUCAUUUUGUUUUCUCUGAUUCAAUCUUCGUGUUUUUCUGCUUGUAUUUUACUCUCGUCAAGCACCGCUCUGCAGCGUGCCUUUUCCUUCUCUUUUUCCUUGUCCCUCCUUCACAUCCGCGAGGGACACGAUGCGGACCAGUUCAACAUUCCGGCGUGAGAGUACGACGAGUGACGGCCCAACGCUCCUCAACUCCAACCAGCCAAAGACGCGAGCUGCGCUGGCCUCCAAGAAAAUUAACACGCCACCUGGACUUAGUUGGCGCGAGGGAGUGCCGCGGCACGUCGGCACACCUUCGACAUCGUCAUCUACCACCACGUCUCCCCUGCUGGCCGGUAGCAUCACCACCACCACUGCAGCAGCAGCUGCUGCUGCUACCAUGCGACUGACGCGUACCGCUACUCCCACACGCAGAGCCGGCACCUACACACGAACAGCCACGGCGGGUACGUCGACUAGAGCGGUGGGCAGCAGCAACGUUACACCGAGCACCACACCCAUCUCGACAAACCUUUCCACGCAGUGCAUCAGCACGCCACGGGCUGCGAGUCCGGCCUACAGCUCCUCCACCGCCACCCUCACACCAGGCGUGCAGAAACCGCGGACAACGACGUCGGCGGUGGCGAGAGGGCGUACCCAGGGUCCACGCUUUGCUCAGUCAACGGUGAGCAGCCGAGCGCAUCUGCCGUCAUCCGACAGCAACGAGAGCGAAGACGGUGUGGCGCCUCGCGCGGGCAUCGCUACGCACACCACUGCAGCGGUGGAAUCAGGGCGGCUUCAGCGCCUUCCCUCUGCACGAGGAGGCAGCAAGCCCGUCAGCUGUUGUGAUACGGAGUCACAGAAGACGCUCCCGCGCGACGGCAGCAUUCGACGCGGCGCCGCUAGCCCGAUCGAGCCCGGGGCAGCGCAGAUGAAGAGCAGCUCUCGUCCAACAGGCGCGUUGACAGGGCGAAAGAAGACAGGUGCCAGUGAUGAUCGCAGCGGCAACACUUCCGUGGGAGAAAACACGGACGCCCCACGAGGCCGCGAACGGGAAGACGCCUCCGCUGCUGCGGCCGGCGCUGCCCCUCCUGUGGCAUCAGUGCACCGAGUAGCGGACCCGGCGCCCACCAUCGGCACCGUCCGACGAAAAGCACAGCCUGUGGCCGAUGCAUCGCAAAGCGAACUGCGAGACCCGUCCCAGUCGCCAAAGUCGUCGCAGCAGCCAUGCAGCACGGCGAGCACAUCGGCUUCCAUGUCGGGGCACACCCCCGCUGAGGCACUUAACACCUCCGUGCCAGACAUCACCUCCUCUACGCUGUUGUCACUGUCGACGCCGGUCGGCGCACACGAGGCGCAAAGAGGGCGCAGUGCAUCCCGCUCCUCGCACGGCUCACCACGAUCGUCAGAGAUGGCGUCAGGCCGCCGACGCGCGUCAUCCACGGCGGCGAGUUCGGCGCUUUCAACGCCCGUGCACUCGCCAAAAGCGGAGAGUGCCGCUGCGAGAGCGAAGGUGGAGAUGCACUCCCUGCCGCCACCGACUCGUCCCACCGUGGUGCCGCAGGAGGACUCGCCCAUCGUGCACGAGAUUCCCGCCACGGCGGCAACGAGCCGUCACACCAUCGGUGCGCCAGCAGUGAGGACGUCGCCGUCGGCUCCCGCGGCAAGCGUGCCUGCUACACGGCGGAGCGGCACGGGGGACACGGGCCGGCGCAGCACCUCCCCCUGCGCCCCUCCGCCGUUGGCUUCCACGAGGAAGACAGCGGAAGAAAAGAAGAUUGGUGGUCGCGCCGUGACACCCCUCUCAUUCGAUGACUUAGGCCGCACCGACAGAGCAGGACUGUCUGCGGCGCCACCCGCGGCGACGACAGCAGCGGAGGACAAGCUCGAUACCAGAAGUACCUCGCGCCUCAGUCUUAGUCGGCUCAUGACGAUCGCCACGUUUGGCGUGCUCGACACAACCUCUGCUGAAACGGUCAACGCAACUACCACCACAACCGCCGCCGGUGCCACCCCGGGUGCUGGAAUAGAUGAGGGAGUGUUGUCCGACCACCUGGCCAAGGUCCUCGAGAUGGACGCCGACGUCGAGGUGAAGGAACAGAGCACCACGGCGCAUUCCGCCCCGACGCUGGUGGCGCCGAGCACCUCCCGCAACCCGUCCAACCGCCGUGCCCAUUCCGUCAGCGAGCGUUCCCACACCCCUGCGGCGGAGAACGUCGCCGCCCUGUUGGCGGAUCUGCUGGAGCUGCGGCAGCGUGAAGAGGCGGCGGCCCAAUGCGUGGAGGCGGCACAGAAAGCCGAGGAAGACGAGGAAGCAGAGGCGGAGAUGCUGCGGAGCCAUCGGCGGGCCGCGGCGGCGGUGCGGAGCAGCAAGGCUGCGGACUUGGCGGGCAGUCGGGCGGUUGCGACGGACGACGAGGACGAACAGUGCAACCCGUUUCUCGUUUCUGACAAGGUGGACGUGGGGGAUGUGGAGGAGGGGGAGGAGGAGGGCGACGACGACGACGGCGGCGCGCAGGCCCGGCUCUCGCGGGCCACCGACACCACGGGCCACGCCCCGAUCACCCCUCGCCUGCGUCAUCGCAUCGAGCGGGAGCAACAGCGGGAAUUGGAGUUGCUGCGCACCAUUACGAAAGAGCGCCACCCCGAGAACGUGGAAUUGCUCGACUCCCCCAACACGCUAAGGCGCGAGUUGAGCUUCAUUGACCCAGAUAUGGACCCCGCCGAGGCCGAGGAGGUCCUCCGGUCCUGCAGUUCGGAGGCGGAAAUGGAGGAACAGGAGGAGGCGGUCGAAGGGCGGGACAGACAAGAGGAGUCGCAGUCGGUAGGAGAGGUGGCGGACGAGCCCACGCCAGUUCUUCACAGCGAAGAUGCCGUUGCCGCAGAGCUUCCAAAAGCGUCGUCGGCCGCUGUGGAGAAGACCAAGGCAGCAACAAGCAAGCCGCCCCUACGCGAUGAUGUGUCCACGACGCCUUCAGCGCCGCGGCGCAGCGGUGUGGUGCCCGACGUAGCAUCCGCAUCUGCAGAGACGUCAGAGAAGCCGCGGGAGACCAGCCGGUGGCAGCGAGCGGGCUCGUCGGCCAGAAGUGACGUAGCGAGUGCCAAUGAGCCAGACCGCAAGAAUGCUCCGUCGUCGUUAUCACAAUCUUCUGUGCCACCUGCGGCUUCGCAGACACCUCCGCGGUCACCGUCGUCACGAGGCUGCCGGACGUCAACGGCGGAGAGCAACAAUAGCAGUAGCGCCGUGAACCAUCGCAGUGGCGCAAAGUUCGCCCGUUGCCCCUCAAAGACGGCUGUGAACAGUGAGGCGACCCCUACGGCCACUGCGGCGGCGGCGGAUGGCACAGAGCGGCGCCGUCGGAUGCUUCCCGAAAGCGCGCUGAGUGGUGGUGUGGGUGCGAAUAACUGUGUCGGGACGCCGACAGAGCACCCACGGCGCACCGUGCCGCGUCAUGGCGGCACCCUCACCCACUCUGUUGAGACCACGAGCCCGCAAAGCGACAAGGCUGCUACCACGGAGCUCCUCCUGCCAGCCCUCCUCUCGCCGGAGGAAGCCGCCAACACCAUCACGGUUGUCUUCGACCUCGAUGAGACGCUCUGCAAUAACCGCGGUCUCGGCGGGACGGUGCUGCGACCGGGUGCACAGCUUCUCCUGCACACCCUGCGCAGUCUUGCCCCGUCGCCGCGCUAUAAAUUUAUUGACACCCGCGCGCGUGGCCAGCACGCCACCAACCGCCUCUACAACCAGGCGAUGCUCAAGUUGGGCAUGACGCCGCUCUACCGCCCGCGUGUGGCUCAGCGACAGGAGAGCGGCGACUACAACAUCGACAACGUCGGCAGCAGCACCGGCGAGGCACGGCCAGCUACGGGAAAGGAGACAAGCCCCCUUCGCCUCGAGCUGGUGUUGUGGACGGCGAGCGAGGAGAGUCUGGCGCGUCGUGCGGUGCGCCGGCUCGACCCGCAGAACGCCAUCUUCGACGAGGCCAUCUACCGCGAUGUGCGCUGGUACCGGGACUCCUACUACACGAAGGAACUGCGCCGCCUGGGCCGCCACAUGCAUCGCAUCGUCAUCAUCGAAAACUCCGUCGAGUCUGUUAUCCACAACCGCAAGAAUGCCAUUCUGGUGACAAGCUUUGUUUCUAAUCGGCUGGAUCGUCAGCUCUUCCUCGUGCGUGAGGUGCUGCGGGACUGGAUUCGCGGCAUGAGGUUGUACCUGGCCUCCGUGCUCGAAUGUCACGCAGCGAAGCAACGCGUCGACGCAACACCGACAGAAGAGCACGUGGCGACGGCGAUCAACGACGUUGUCCGACUCGACAGCGACCACCACGGCCACCUGUCUGACGCGUCGCUCGAGGAAGGCGGUGAGAGCCCUGUCCCGCCGCACUCCACGACAUCUCCGUCGCGCGCAGAAAGCUCCACGGGCGCCACAGAGGCGCACAACGGAGCUGCGCGUUACGGCAGCCGUGCAGAGAGCCGUAGCAGUCAUCGUCCUUCCGCAACGCCGGAAAGGGAGCCCUCUGCGCAGUCCUCCGCCUCCGCCCCAUCACCAAAAGGAGCGACUUCGUCUCUCAUGCUGAGCACCUCCAGCCUCAGCGCCUCCUCCAACUCUACCGGGUCUGCGUCGCGCAUGACGGGUGCGGUGGUGCAGCUGGCCGCCAACGUCGUGCACUUUCUGUCCCUGCACCGGCUGAUUAUGGACGGGACGAACUACAUCAACUUUCAGCUGACAGGCGAAGUGAUGAUGCGGCUGCAGUCAACACAGCCAGCCGUUAUCGCCGCCGCGCUGGCGCCACCGCCGGCGGAGAUGCCGGCAACACGACCGAUGCGCAGCACGCCGUGUGGGCCAGCGCCACGCUCGCCGCGAGCGGCACGGGCACCGCUUGCUGGGUCUUCUCCGCCGGCUCCUUCUGCUUCCGCAGCAGCGGCUGACUCACCGCAAAAGAGCGGGCCCACAGCAUCGGCGGCGGCGCAAGGAGUCAGCGCAACGGCAGGGAAUGAUUGGGCGUCCACUGGCGGUGGGCGGGGACCUGCGAGCACGAAUGGAGGUACCCAGUCUUCUGCGGUGAGGGCGCGCCCUGUGUCACGGAGCGACGCGCCACACGAAGUGAAGCGGGAGUUCAACCCGGCAUCGCCAUCAAAAAUCACUGCCAAUGCGACGGCGGCACCAAAUGCGGCGGAUGCGAUUUCAGCCUUGCGUGCGGCUCGUGAGGGUCGGCCUGUGUCAGCGGCGGCGAACGCGCAAGGCAGCAAAAACAACGCUGGUGCUGGUGCUCCUGUGGAUGCGAAUGGGGCUGGCGGUCCGGAUCGUUACGCGGUGCGUCCGCAACGCACGCCGUCUGUGACGGCGAAACGGCAAGCGGCUUAA